AUGUUCUUCCUCCACGAGCUCGAGCGCACAAUCACGCUGCAUCCGUCGUUCCUGGGCCCGAACGUGCAUGAGUACAUCGAGGACCGCCUGAAGCAGGAUGUCGAAGGAAUCCAGAUUGAGAACUAUUACAUCAUCUGCGUGAUGGACUCGCAAGACAAGUCCGAGGGUCGCGUGCUCCCUGGCACUGGCUACAUUGAGUACAACGUCCACUUCAAGGCCAUUGUGUGGCGCCCGUUCAAGGGAGAGAUUCUGGACGGUGUAGUGUCUGCGGUUGUCGACUCGGGUUUCUUCGUCGAGGUGGGCCCUCUGAACGUCUUCGUUGCAUCGAGUAUGAUCCCAAGCUCGAUCAAGUACGACGGCAACGCCACGCCGCCGCAGUGGACGGACAAUGCAGACCAAGUCAUCGAGAAGGGUACGCACAUUCGCGUGAAGAUCAAGGGUAUCCGUACUGAGCUGGGCAAUAUGUACGCGAUCGCAACGAUCAAGGAGGAUUAUCUCGGACCUCUUGGCGGCUGA